UUCAACGAGAUUUGAAUUUCCAGUACGGAUGGAACCGUACUAUAAUGAAGUACGCAGGUAUCUGGCCGGAGGAGAGGAAAUGGAACCGAUCUUCGAGUUACAUCAUUCUGUUACCGAUUCUCUCGAUGCUGUGUUUCGUGUGUGGUCCACAAACCAUUAAUCUGCCGCGCAUCAGACAUGACUUAAAUCUGGUGGUCGAGAAUUUAUCAACGGCUAACGUCACUAUAACGUUGUCGCUAAUAAAGACUGUGGCCUUUUGGAAGAAUGGCAAAUCACUGAAGUUUCUGCUGAAGUGCAUAGCCAACGACUGGACUACAGUGGACACGAAAACAGGACGCGAAACAAUGGUGAACUACGCGAGACUCACAAGAAUAACAACGAUAAUAUCUACAAUGAUGUGUCACCUAGUAGUCGCCUCUUUCGUGGUUCUACGAUUAUUUUUGAUGAAGUACGAUGAUAACAAACUGUUUGUACGUGGCUAUUACCCGUACGAUACAACCAUAAGCCCAAAUUAUGAAUUGACUAUGAUGGGUCAAGUUAUAGCUGCCACAUACAGCACCAUCAUAUACCCAUCUGUGGAUACAUUUAUCGUCAUGCUGGUUUUACAUGCCUGUGGACAGAUAUCAAAUCUGAAGGACGAGUUAAAGGAGAUCCAUUCAUAUAAAAAGACUGAUUUACAGAUGAAGUUGAAGAAAAUCGUUCGAAAGCACAAUUACAUCGCUAGGUUCGCUGAAACAAUAGAGAAUAAUUUCAAUAUAAUGCUCCUGCUUCAAAUCCUUGGUUGCACCGUUCAAAUAUGCUUCCAGGCUUUCCAGGCUAUCAUGUCAGGAGAAAACACUGAAAGUAACAAUGGACAACCUAUAAUUUUUCAACUUAUAUUCCUGAUUUACUAUGUAAUUUGCGCGAUGGUGCAAUUAUUCCUGUACUGUUAUGCGGGUGAAAAACUUGUGUUUGAGAGUACAGACGUAGCUGAAGCUGCAUAUCAAUGCGAAUGGUACAAUCUACCACCUGAGAUCGCAAGAUUGCUUACUAUUAUUAUAUGUCGAGCAAGAGCAUCACCGUUGAAUCUUACAGCAGGCAAAUUUUUUGUGUUCACUAUACUAUUAUACUCCCAAGUCGUGAAAACCGCAGUCUCGUAUAUUUCUGUUCUGCAUGCAGUAAGAAGUUAACUGUAUGCAGUUAAAGGAAACGCAACCUUACGAUUUUUCAAUUCUGUGCUCG